AUGGCUACCGUUAACGCUAUUGUGUUCGGUGCGACCGGAACGGUCGGCGCCGCUACGGCUCGUACCGCGAAAGAGCAAGGCGCAAAGGUUUUUCUAGCCGUUCGGGAUAUCAACAAACCAAUGCCGAAUAUUACUCUCGAGAAGGAACUGAAGGAAGGAUUCGGCCGAGUUGAGGCCGACCUGUCUAUGCCCGACACACUUCUAGCCGCAGUAACCAAGACAAAGGCAACACGGGCUUUCAUCUAUCUUGCGCCCAGCUCUCCUGACAGCAUGAGAUCCUGUUUCAGAGCACUAAAGUCGGCGGGGAUUGAGUUCGUAGUCUUUCUCAGUAGCGCUGGCGUUCGGGGCGACCCUAGGAACGCCACCUCCGAUAACGCUAUAGCCUGGGCUCAUGCACAGGCUGAGAUCAGUCUCGAAGAGAUAUUCGAGAGAGAAGGAUAUGUGGCUAUUCGACCUGCUUUUUUUGCGACAAAUUCGUUUUGGUGGAGGGAAAUGAUACAAGCCGGCGACGCGAGACUUUUAUAUCCACAUGCGAGAUUUGACUGGAUCUCGCCCGGCGACAUCGGGCGCGUCUGUGGCACGGUUCUUGUCCAAGAGCGACCGGCCCUUGACGGUCCUGACGGAAAAUACAAUGCUAUACGUCUAUAUGGACCGCAGCUGUUGUCUCAAGGGGACGGGAUAGCUGCGAUUGGAAGGGCGAUCAACAGGGAGGUCAAGAUAACCAGCAUCGACGAAGAGGAGUUUCUCGACCUUCUUAUGACACAAAUGCCUAGAAUAUGGGCGGAGGAUCUCGUGGCUAUUCAGAGAGUAAGAGCUGGCAUAGAUGAUGACGAUGGCUUCUAUGCAGCGCCUACGCUCGCGGAAGCUUCAGCUAAUAUUGAGAAGUAUACAGGGAGACUGGCAACGAAAUUUGAAGAGUGGCUAGAUGAAAACAAAGAGCUCUUUAGAGCCUAG